UUGACCACAGUGAGCAGGGUGACGACAGAGAGACGGGAGACGAGGCAGUGAGACGGGUCACUAUACAGUAAGGAACUUUAACGUAUUCAACGGGAGAAAGGAGGAAACAAAGCAAAGGAAGAAUGCAAUGGCAUGAAAGGGAGAAGAACCUGUGGACAUAUUCCUUCACCUGUGGGAGUUGAGGAGUUUCAAGGGCUCUCAACCCUUUCCAACGACUUUCCUUUCAUCAUGGUGGACCUGUUCCUGAAUCGAGUUCUGGUAGAGAACAACUGGGACCAGGAUGAACUCAACACAGAGCGCGAAAUCGCCGGGAUCCUCGAAAACCGCAUCCUGAUGCUGUUCUUUGCGUCUGCUGAGUGUCAACAGUGCAUGGAGUUUGUGCCUGUCCUGAACGAGUUCUUCAAGAGACUGAAGGAUCCGGCGUACAUCGAAUACCCCAAACUGCUUGCACUCAUCUACAUCAGCUUGGACCAAUCAGAGGAGCAGCAGGAAAGACUCCUCAAAGAGAUGCACAAAAAGGUUCUGUUUCUGGCCUUUGAGGACCCAUACAGGAGGGAACUGCACGCCAUGUUUAAGGUAAAGGACGUUCCAACGGUCGUGGUCCUUCGGCCAGACUGCUCCAUUCUCUGUCCGAACGCUGUGCAGGACAUCUGUCAUUUCGGCUCUGACUGCUUCAGUAACUGGCAGGAAUCGGCCGAGCUCAUUGAGAGAAGCUUCAUGCUCAACGAGGAGUUUGACAACCUGAAUCUGCGCAGUGCCACUGACCCUGUGAGGAGACUCAAGUACAAGACGGAGGAUGACAAGAGGAAAAAGAGAUGGUGGAAGUUAUGGGGGACGGGCAAAGAUGGAUAUAAGGAGGAAGAGGAGAAGGAUGGAGCGUGGGAUACAGAGAGAAAGGGGGGAAAUAAAGGAACAUGGAGGAGACGAUGAAGAGAAAGGGCGAAAGAGAAAAAAAAAUAUAUAUAUAUAUAUAAAAGGCAAAUCCUUUUAUGUUGAUCCUCUCUUGUAAUUGUCUCAGAGCACAUCUUCAGGUCCAGCCCCCUGAGCUUUCUGAUACCUGCGGCUUAUUCACAGGACAUUGAAGAAAUAUUUUCUCUCCCUGCAGUAGCAUGUGCAGCAAGACUUUAAAAAAGCACAAUGAGCUACUUUACUGUGUUAUGACAUGUAGAACAAUGACAUACUGUAACAGUGCCUCGCUGCACAGAGAAGACACAACAUUGAGAGGAAUUAAAUGUGUUGCUCCAUCUUUAGAAAUAAGCUUCAUUGGUGAUUCAACUGCUGUACGUUGUUUUAUCCAUAUUACAAUUAUUAUCAUUAUUCUAAUAUUAACAUGUCUUAAAUAUGAUCCAAUCUAGUCUUGUCAAUUUGACGAACUAAAUAAUUGCAGUUAACAACAAAAGUAAAAGUUGUUCUCAGUCAUAAGAGCAGAGGUCACUGUUUUAAAGCACAGGAACACACGUGUAUAUAUGCAGAACAUGUCCCAGUGCUUUUCUGUUUAUAAAAUGACUGAGCCCCGAAUCCCACAGAUAAACAUUUGUGUAUUAAGAGUGGGUCAAAUCGGUCAGUAAGUGGUCACAUAGACCAACUGUGCAGCUCUUCCGACUUUUUUCUUUUCAGCCUCUUUUAGCUCAUUUGUUUUGGUUUUCAGACCAGGUAACGAAAAUCCUAUCAACUCCAUUUCCAGCAGCAUCAGGCAGCUUGAAAACAACGACACACUGUUGUUUCUGCUGGAAGUGUUUGCUGUUUGCUAACUCUGUUUUAGCAUUUUUAUGCCCCCAAGUGGAAACAGGAAAAAAAAAAGUUAUUGCAGCUUUAAACUAAGUUUAGGCGCUGGCGCCUGCUGGUGCUUUAAAAUUCACAUUAACAUUUAAUCAAGCACUGAGUGUAUGUUAUUUAUUUUUUAGCAUCAUUUAUUUUUUGCAAUUCUUUGUUAAUUAUGAAUUUGUGUCCUGAGAUUUUGAUUUUGUUAUUAAAUAGUUAAGUACAAGUUAUAUCGCUUUGUAAAAAGAAACAAUAAAUUUCUCCUUG